AUGAAUUCCACGCAUUCCGAGGCUCAGGUCACGCAGUUCGGGCAGGCAAUCCGAAUCAACAACAACACGGCAGUAACGCUCUCCACGCUGUUCUCGUCUAGCAUGGGCCCGUUUGGGAGUUACAAGGCGCUGAUCUCUCCAGGGCAAACACUUCGCAUUGCAAAGGAUGGGAAUACCCUUUGCAAGGAGAUACAGUUUACUCACCCCACAUCGAUCAUCAUUACAAGAGCAGCAACAUCGAUGUAUACUACAUUUGGAGACGGGGCCACCUCCCUGAUUGUUCUGUGCUGCGAAAUAUUCAGCGAUGCAUUUAGGCAUUUUGAAAACGGGGUGCCUAUUCCGAGAAUAUGUGCUUCUCUUCAGCUAUGUCUUGAUGACGUAAUGAGGUAUCUCAAGACGCUGGAAAGGCCAUUUGAAGAUGACACGCUUUCGAAAAUGGCCUACAGCACCAUCAGAACCAAGGUUGAUGAGGACACAGCCUUGAAGUUGUCAGCGAUAUUGGUUCAGGCUGUUGAGAACGCGAUUCAAUCGCAGUUCUUCGACAUAAACAUGGUGGAGGUUAUCAAGAUGCAGGAAGGAGAUGUAUCUGAAACCAUGUAUGUGGAUGGGCUUGUGCUUGAUCAUGGAGGAAGACACUAUGCAAUGCCGGAUAAGCUUGAGGAGGUUUGUAUUUUGAUAACCAACAUGUCGCUUGAAUAUGAAAAGCCGGAGAUAAAUGCGGAGUUCUGCUAUAGUUCUGCAGAGCAAAGGGAGGAGCUUGCAGGAAAGGAAAGAGAGUUUAUACUGCAGAGGUCAAGAGCCAUUGCAGAGUUUGGGCGGAAAAUCAAGGAGAAGCACGGAAAAAGCCUGAUGGUGGUGACUGAAAAGGGGAUUGACCCCUAUUCGCUGGAAGUGUUUGCAGCCUCUGGGAUCCUUGCGCUGAGAAGAGCAAAAAGGAGAAAUCUUGAAAGACUUGUGAGAAUGUGUGGGGGGAAUGUGAUUACGCAAGUUAGCCAGCUCAAUGAGAGGGUGUUGGGAUAUUGCCAGAGAGUGAGCGUCAGAAAGAUAGGAGAUGAGAUGUUUACCUUUAUUGAAGGAACGCCAUUCAAAGGAUCAUGCACGAUUCUAAUUAGAGGAAAUAGUCAGCACGAGAUGUCCAGAAUGGAGUCUGGGAUUAGAGGUGCUCUGAAGAGUCUUUAUAUGUCUCAGAAAAGUAAGACAUAUAUUGAAGGUGGAUAUUCGCUCUACAGGUCGCUGAUUUCUUACAUUAGAGAAAGAAUGGACAAUGUUUCCGAGAAGGAUGUAGUUGGAUACAAAGUAAUGGAAAACUCUUUCCUUAAUGUGGUCAAGGCCUUGCUGAGAAACUCUGGGAAGGACAUACAAGAAGAGCUUACAAAGAUUCUCAGAGGACAAGAGUGUGAGAAGGUUGUCGACAAUUCCUCUGUAGUUUCGGCAGUGAUCUCUAACUCUGCCAUCAUUGCCACAAGCCUGCUGCUGGUCGACGAAAUAAUCAAGGCAGGAAAGCCAAUAAAGGAGAACAAACCCGAAAAUUAA